AUGUGGAUACUCCUAUACCUUUUUGUCAUAUGGUCCUCACUGCGAACGUUCGUCACUGCUUCAGACUCUACGGCGACGAUCGAAAAUGUUACCGUGACGAGUGAAACGGUUUCAACGUCGCUCUGGUCCACGAUGUCCCCCCAAAUGACUGUGGCCUUUAGGUCUCAGAGAGACAUUAUGGGGAACCUUACCGUUGACCAGUUACCAUAUGUUGGCGUGAAUCUGCGACGGGUCUUGCUGAAUAACGAAACUAGCAUGGUAAAUGACGGCAACAAUACGAAGAUACUUACCUUGAUCAAAUCUAUGUUAGCUUCCGAGGCCAACGUUUUUGUUCUGGAUUUGAAACAGCAUAAUAAUGAUCUGAUGGUGGUAGAUUCCACACUGCUGUUCAGCGACGUUCUGUCCACUUUACAAUCUUUUAUUGUUAGCACGCAGAACAACCUUUACGCAGACAUGAUCGUAUUAUUCUUGAACAUAUCUACCACUGAGCAAGGUUACACCGCAGACGAUUACCAGAUACAAACACUGAACACUACCUUCUUACUAGACAAGAAUUUGGGGAGCAUGUACAUUUACAAGCCUACAGAUUUACAAAAUGACAGAGCAAAGAAUAAUGCUUGGAAUGUCUACGGCAAAUCUUCCACAGAUGGCUGGCCCACACUAGGCUCCGUACUGUACGAGCAAAAAAAGAGACUAAUCAUCGGCGAGCUGACCCAUGUCUUCAAUGAAACUACUGCACCAUAUAUUUUCUCCCAUGAUGUGUUCCAUUAUGAACAGGGGAAUUCCACGUUAGGUUGUCCAUCCACAGUGGACGGCCUCACUAAUUUAUCAUCAGUCCAAUGGAGAUUUUUGGAUUCGCAAUUCACCGCUGGCGACAUCAAAGAGUAUAUUUCAUGUGGGUUAUCGCCAAUAAUAAGCAAUCCGUCUAACAUAAAUAAUGUGACCCAACUGUCGGGAAUAAUUCACGAAGGCAGUAUCUGGUCAUGGGACAACAAUCAACCAUCGAUCACCCAGUCAACUUCUAAGUCCAUGAACUCCGCCGGCACGCUAGAGGCUUACAAUUGCGUCCUCUUGCACUAUUUCGCCAAUAAUGGGACAGCGACUUGGCGAGUCGAUAACUGUUAUAAUUCCGAUGUUGGACUUUGUAGAUAUGAGAAUUCGGCAUUCAAAUGGUUGGUGAGAACAAACAAGGCUUCGUAUUUUGAUUUUGAUAGUUAUAAGGGGUCUAAAUGUCCGGAUCAGUAUAGCUUCAAUAUCCCAAGAACACCAUUGGAACAAAAAUCGUUGAUCUCUUAUUUGCAAAACGAGUCCUUCCCUGAUACGGAAAUGUGGAUCGAUUUAAAUUCAAUAUCAGUGAGUAACUGUUGGGUCAGUGGCGGUCCGUAUGCAAGUUGUCCGUACCAAAAAGUCAUUUCCACAAGGAAUUUCGUGACAAUGAUGGUUCCUGCAUCGGUUUGUUCCUUUGCCCUAUUAUUUAUUGUUGUUUACUUGAGUGUGUUGAGAGUCCCUAUUUAUGAUAACAGGAAAAAUUGGAGAAGAGUUAUCAAUAAAAUUUCUAAGUCGGAAUUAGAAGGUGUACCUUCCUGA